UUUGUGUUGCAAGACAGAAUCAAAAAAACACAGGGACAGGAAACAUCUGAAGGAAUACCGGACCCUGAAUGGGUUUGGGCCGGGGUAUACUACAUGAACAAAGAUUCCUCCAGCCAAGAAAAUAGAAUUUAGCAUUCAAGCUAUUCAGAGGCUGCUGAAGAACUGGAUGUAAGCACUCGUGUUUCCACCAUGGAGAAGCUGGAGAGAAAUCAUGCAAACAGGCAAGUGAUUCCUUUCCUUUUUAUGCUGCUUUGGGGUCAGGUUCUCAUGGUGCCUACUCGGUACUCUGUCUUGGAGGAAGCUGAAAGAGGCUCCUUUGUAGCCCAUCUGGCCAAGGAUCUGGGGCUGGGAGCUGGGGAGCUGGCUGCCAGGUCUGCACGGGUGGUGUCUGACUUUGACAACCAGCAAUUCAUGGUGGAUCCGGACACUGGAGAUUUGCUUCUGAGGGAGAAACUAGACAGGGAGGAAUUGUGUGGCUCUGUGGAUCCCUGUGUGAUGCAUUUCCAGGUGUUCCUAGAAAAACCAGUGCAGUUUUUUCAAGGAGAAUUAUUGAUCCAGGAUAUAAAUGACAACUCGCCAGAAUUCCCAGAUAAAGAAUUGCUCUUGAAAAUACCGGAAAACAGCCAGCCAGGCACGCGGUUUCCAUUGAAUUUAGCCCAGGAUUUGGAUGUGGGCAGCAAUGGACUUCAAGAGUACAGAGUCAGCACCAACCCUCAUUUUCAUGUCCUCACUCGAAAUAAUAGUGAAGGCAAGAAAUACCCAGAGUUGGUACAAGACAGAGCCCUGGACAGAGAGGAGCAGGCAGAAUUGAGCUUAACGCUCAUGGCUCUGGAUGGCAGGUCUCCACCUAGGUCAGGAACAGCUCUGGUUCGAAUCCUGAUCAUGGAUAUCAAUGACAAUGCUCCUGAGUUUGUGAACAGCCCCUACGAGGUGCAGGUCCCAGAGAGCUGUCCCCCAGACUCCCCAAUUCUGACUGUCUUAGCACCGGAUGCAGAUGCUGGCAACUUUGGGAGUGUUUCCUAUGGCUUGUUCCAAGCAUCAGAUGAAAUCCAGAAAACUUUCUCAAUAAAUGAAGUCACUGGAGAAAUACGGCUGAAGAAGGAAUUGGAUUUUGAAAAAACUGAAUCAUACCGUGUAGAGAUUGAGGCCACAGAUGGAGGAGGGCUUUCUGGGAAAGGAUCUGUGGUGAUAGAGGUGUUGGAUGUGAACGACAAUGCCCCAGAGCUGACCAUAUCUUCACUGACCAGCUCAGUCCCAGAAAAUGCUCCGGAAACUGUGGUUGCUAUUAUCCGAAUACGAGAUAGAGAUUCUGGAGACAAUGGAAAAAUGAUUUGCUCUAUUUCAGAUCAUGUGCCAUUCACUUUAAAACCCUCUUACAAGAACUUUUACACUCUGGUGACAGAGAGGGCACUGGACAGAGAGAGCAGAGCUGAGUACAACAUCACCAUCUCAGUCUCGGACCAGGGCACACCCAGGCUCACAACCCAGCACACCAUAACAGUGCAGGUGUCUGACAUCAACGACAACGCCCCUGCCUUCACCCAAACCUCCUACACCAUGUUUGUCCACGAGAACAACAGCCCCGCCCUGCACAUAGGCACCAUCAGUGCCACAGACUCAGACUCAGGCUCCAAUGCCCACAUCACCUACUCACUGCUACCGCCCUAUGAUCCACAGCUGGCCCUCGACUCGCUCAUCUCCAUCAACCCAGACAAUGGGCAGCUGUUCGCGCUCAGGGCGCUGGACUAUGAGGCCCUGCAGGCCUUCGAGUUCCGAGUGGCCGCCACAGAUGGAGGUUCACCCGCGCUAAGCAGCCAGGCUCUGGUGCGCGUGAUGGUGCUGGAUGACAAUGACAAUGCACCCUUCGUGCUCUACCCGCUGCAGAACGCCUCUGCACCCUACACAGAGCUGCUUCCCAGGGCAGCAGAGCCCGGAUACCUGAUCACCAAGGUGGUGGCAGUGGACCGCGACUCUGGCCAGAACUCCUGGCUGUCGUUUCAGCUGCUCAAGUCCACGGAGCCCGGGUUGUUCAGUGUGUGGGCGCACAAUGGCGAGGUGCGUACCACCAGGCUGCUGAGUGAGCGCGAUGUGCCCAAACACAGGCUGCUGCUGGUGGUCAAGGACAAUGGUGAGCCUCCACGCUCUGCCAGCAUCACACUGCAGGUGGUGCUUGUGGAUGGCUUUUCACAGCCUUAUCUGCCACUGCCUGAGGUAGCUCGUGACUCUGCAAAGGAUGGUGCGGACUUGCUCACGCUCUAUCUGGUCAUCGCCUUGGCCUCUGUGUCUUCUCUAUUUUUGUUGUCUGUGCUGCUGUUCGUGGGGGUGAGGCUGUGCAGGAGAGCAAGGGCAGCCUCUCUGGGUGACUGCACUGUGCCUGAGGGCCACUUUCCUGGCCACCUGGUAGAUGUCAGUCGUGCAGGGACCCUGUCCCAGAGCUACCAGUAUGAGGUGUGUCUGACAGGAGACUCUGGGGCUGGUGAGUUCAAAUUCCUUAAAUCCAUGGUCCCCAACCUAAUGGUUCAGGACCCUGGGAGAGAAAUUGCGGAAAAUCUUCAUUGCAGGGAUAGCUUUGUAUUCAGCUAA